GGCGUUGAAAAGUUGCCUUAAAAAUUAUAAAAAAAAAAUCAUCUUUUUUAAAGUUGAGGUUAUACUACACCUUGUGUGUGUGUCUUUUUUAUCCAUUAACAAUUAUUAAAGUUAAUUGAGAAAAAAAAAAAAAGACGAAAAAUUAAUAAAGAUGUAUGACGAUUACAAUGAUCAGUAUGAAACUUAUGAUGAUUAUGGUCCCGGUGAUUCUCAUGUUGAACAAUAUGACAGAUAUCGUCAUGUACCAGAAACUGUAAGAAAAUUUCUAAUUUAUUUUAGAAAUUGUAUCAAUGAAGGUUUAAUAUUUGACAUACAAAAUUUAUAUGAAAAUACAUUUCCAAAAAUAUCUGAGCAAUUAUUUGAAAAAACAUCAUGGCCAGAUGAGGCUGAUAUUGCUCAUAUUGUUGAUAAUGAUCCAGUAUUUUUGAUUUUAUACAAGGAAUUAUAUUAUCGUCAUAUUUAUUCAAAAUCACAAGGUCCAUCAUUGGAACAACGUUUUGGAUCAUUUUAUAAUUAUUGUGAUUUAUUUAAUUAUAUUCUAAAUCCAGAUGAGCCAGUAACACUUGAGUUGCCAGAUCAAUGGCUAUGGGAGUUGAUUGAUGAAUUUGUAUAUCAAUUUCAAUCAUUUUCUCAAUGUCGUGCCAAUUUGGCAAAUAAAUCAAGUGAAGACAUUGAAAAUUUAACUGCACAUAAUAAAAUAUGGGAUGUAUUAUGUGUAUUAAAUGUAUUGCAUUAUCUUGUUGAUAAAUCAAAAAUAAAAAGUCAAUUGGAGGUAUAUGCCAGUGGUGGUGAUCCAGAUUCAGUUGCUGGACCAUUUGGUAAACAUUCAUUGUAUAAAAUGCUUGGUUAUUUUGCAUUAAUUGGUUUAUUACGUCUUCAUUCAUUACUUGGUGAUUAUUAUCAAGCAAUAAAAGUACUUGAAAAUGUUGAAAUAUAUAAAAAAAGUGCAUAUUCACAUGUACCAGGUUGUCAAAUAUCAACAGCCUAUUAUGUUGGUUUUGCAUAUAUGAUGAUGCGUCGUUAUUCAGAUGCAAUUAGAACAUUUUCUGGUUGUUUAUUAUAUGUACAACGUACUAAACAAUUAUUUACAGCACGUAGCUAUCAAAAUGAUCAAAUAAAUAAACAAACAGAACAAAUGUAUCAUUUAUUGGCAAUAUGUCUUGUAUUACAUCCACAAUGUAUUGAUGAUGGUUUACAACAAGCAUUGAGUGAUAAAAAUUAUCAUGAAAAAAUGUAUAAAAUGCAGUAUGGUGAUUUGGCUGAAUUUGAAUCAUGCUUUUUAUUUGCAUGUCCAAAAUUUUUAUCAUCUGUACCACCAAGUUUGGAUGGUAAAAAAGAAGAUACAACAAGAGAUGCUAUUAAACAUCAAACUCAAGUAUUUAUGGAUGAAGUUGUACAACAAAAAAUGCUACCAACAAUACGUUCAUAUUUAAAACUUUAUACAACAUUGCCAUUAAGUAAAUUGGCAACAUUCAUGUGCAGCAGUUCAUCAAGUAGACCAGAUGAAAAUUGGGAUCUUGAUAAAGAAGUUGCAAGUUUGUCAAUACAUUUACUUUGUUUCAAGCAUAAAAUGAAAAAUAUUGUAUGGACAAAAGGAGCAUCUGGACUUGAUGGAAAGUUCCAAUCUGGAUCAGAGUUGGACUUUUAUAUUGAUCAUGACAUGAUCCAUAUUGCCGAUACCAAGGUUGCUCACAGAUACGGUGACUUUUUCAUUCGUAAAAUUCUCAAGUUUGAAGAACUCAAUCGUAAAUUGCAUCAUAUUAAAAUUUAAAUAAUUAAAUAUGUAUUUUUUCUAUGAUUAAUUUGUAUAAUCAUAUUCAAAUAAUGCUUCUUGUAAUGAUGCUUGAUAAUUUUACAGUCUUUUUUUUUUUCAUCAAUAUUAUAUACCUACAUCAAAUAAACAAUACAACUUGCUACUGAAUAAAUA